AUGCCUGACGAUGAAGCUACUUGUGAAGAUGAUUCUCCCUCCGUUGGUGGUACGAAUACUUAUGUUGGGUCGUCAUCGAUUGUUGGGGAGGCAGAGGGUUCCGGUUCUGGAGUUCAGAAGACUGAGAAAGACCCAAGAAAAAUGGCUAGAAAGUAUCAGUUGGAAUUAUGCAAGAAAGCUCUGGAGGAGAAUAUCAUUGUGUAUUUGGGGACAGGUUUUGGCAAGACUCACAUUGCUGUUCUGCUUAUAUACGAAAUGGGUCACUUGAUAAGGCAACCUCAGAAGAGCGUGUGUGUCUUUCUUGCACCCACUGUCGCCCUCGUUCAUCAGAUAAAUAUUGAAGCUUAUAUGUUACUGAGUGGUGUGCUAUACAGUAUUCAUGGCCAAUGUGCCUUGGAACUUGGCUUCAGUGGUAAAGAGGGCAGGGUUGGGUGGCUCUGUGGUUUGAAAUCUGGUUUAACGAGACAAGCCAACGUCAUAGAGGACUCUACUGAUUUCAAGGUUGGGAUCUACUGUGGAAACUCCAACCGAUUGAAGAGCCACUCUAGUUGGGAAAAAGAGAUUGAACAAAACGAGGUUCUUGUCAUGACACCUCAGAUACUACUGCAUAACUUAAGUCACAGCUUCAUCAAGAUGGACUUAAUUGCUCUUUUGAUAUUUGAUGAGUGUCAUCAUGCUCAAGUCAAAAGCAGUCAUCCUUAUGCAGAAAUCAUGAAAGUUUUCUACAAAAAUAAUGAUGGAAAACUUCCCCGUAUAUUUGGCAUGACUGCAUCUCCAGUUGUGGGGAAAGGUAUUCGAUGUGCUUCUAGUCAAGAAAAUUUAUCAAAAAGCAUCAAUAGUCUUGAAAAUUUACUUGAUGCUAAGAUGAACUCUGGCCUCAUGAGAAAUAUUCAUGCCUUGUAUGUGGUAGAUGUGUUCUUUAAACGACAUGCUAGUUUUUUCUCUGGGCUUCUUCCUGGAGAAAUGUUAGCAAGACACGUUGAGUCCAAAAAUCUGUAUAAAAUGCAGAGGAUUGAGCUAGAAAUAGUUGAUUCAAAUUUUAUGUGUGCAAGACUGCAAGUCUGUGCUGAAGUGUAUUCAGUUGAAGACAAGGAAGAGUUGGAGCGCUUUGUAGCAUCUCCUGUAAUUAGAGUAUAUCUGUAUGGUCCUGUUGCAAAUGGCACUUCUAGCUCCUAUGAGGCUUACUAUAAUACACUUGACGAGGUCAAGCGCCAGUGCAUAGUGGAAAUUGGCAAGAAGACAGUUGGAAACCUUAGUCUUCAAAGUCUUCGAAGCACUAAAAAAGUGCUCAUUAGGAUGCAUGAAAAUAUCAUAUUUUGUUUGGAGCAUCUUGGCCUCUGGGGAGCAUUUCAGGCUUGUCGUACUCUUUUGAGUGGUGAUCACUCUGAGUGGAAUGCAUUGAUAGAAGCAGAAGGGAAUGUUGGUGACGACUCCGUGUGUGAUAGAUACCUAACUCAAGCUGCUAGCGUCUUUGCUGCUGAUUGCACAAGAGGUUACAGUGGAUGGCCAAUCAUUAAUGGUCCUAACAUAGAAUUGACAGUCGAGACUGUGAAGAUUGUUACUGCACGAUCGCUAUCACACAUCCUACAAAAUCUGAAGUUUUUAACAUCUUGGAAGUGUGAUUUUCUUGUUGGGGUUCACUCCGGACUGAAGAGUAUGUCACGAAAGACUAUGAAUGUCAUUCUUGAGAAGUUCCGGACUGGAAAGAAUUUUAUGGAUGCAUCAUUGAACUUACUGCUUGCAACUAAAGUUGGUGAAGAAGGACUUGAUAUUCAGACGUGCUGUCUUGUGAUACGAUUUGAUCUUCCAGAAACUGUUGCAAGCUUUAUACAAUCAAGGGGUCGUGCGCGAAUGCCUCAAUCUGAAUAUGCAUUUUUGGUGGACAGGAGAAACCAGAGGGAGCAAGAUUUGAUAGAGAAAUUUAAAAUAGAUGAAGAUCGGAUGAACAUUGAAAUUCGUGUCCGAACAUCAAGUGAGGCAUUUGUUUGUGAUGAGGAAAAGAUAUAUAAAGUUGAUGCAACUGGUGCUUCCAUAGCUUCUGGAUCAAGCAUCUCAUUACUGCAUCAGUAUUGUUCAAAACUCCCUCAUGAUGAGUAUUUCGAACCCAAACCAAAUUUCUUUUAUUUUGAUGAUUGUGAAGGAACUGUUUGCCACAUAAUCUUACCCUCUAAUGCUCCCAUACACCAAAUAACCAGUACACCUCAAUCAUCAAUGGAAGUUGCUAAAAAAGACGCUUGUCUGAAAGCCAUUGAACAGUUGCAUAAACUGGGUGCUUUGAGUGAUUUUCUUUUGCCACAACAAGAAGACACUGAUGAGAUGGAGUUGGCGUCUUCUGAUUCAGAUAACAGUGAAGAUAAGGGUUCACGAGGAGAACUACAUGAGAUGCUAGUUCCUGCUGUUCUGAAGGAAUCAUGGACUGAAAUGGAAAGGCCUAUCUACCUUAACUCUUACUAUAUUGAAUUUUGUCCUGUUCCUGAAGACAGGAUCUAUAAGAAGUUUGGCCUUUUUCUGAAGGAACCACUCCCACUAGAAGCUGAGAGAAUGAAUCUUGAUCUCCACCUGGCACGUGGUAGAUCUGUAAAGACAAAGCUUGUACCAUCCGGACUUUCAGAAUUUAGUACAGAUGAGAUCACAUAUGCAACAAACUUUCAAGAGAUGUUCCUCAAGGCCAUUCUUGAUCGAUCAGAAUUUAUUCAUGAAUUUGUUCCCUUGGGAGAGGAUCCAUUUUCUAAAAUUUGCCAAACCUUCUACCUAUUGCUUCCUGUAAUUUUUAAUGGCUCUGAAAGGAGAGUGACUGUAGACUGGAAGAUUAUCAGACGAUGUUUAUCAUCUCCUGUUUUCAAGAAUCCAGCUGAUGUUGUGGACAUGGGAACCCUUCCUUCAGGUGCUUGCUUGCAACUUGCUAAUGGCUGGAGAAGUAUCCGUGAUGUUGAGAAUAGUUUAGUGUACACUCCAUACCAGCAAAGGUUUUACUUCAUUACAAACAUUGUUCCUGAAAAGAAUGGUUACAGUCCAUGCAAAGGUUCAACCACUCCGAGUCAUGUGGAUCACUUGACAACAACGUUUGGCAUUCAUCUUAGAUAUCCAGAACAACCUCUUCUGCGUGCAAAGCAACUCUUUUGUUUGCGCAACUUGCUAUGCAACCGAAAGAAAGAGGAUUCAGAAUUGCAAGAGCUGGAUGAGCACUUUGUUGAUUUGGCUCCUGAGCUUUGCGAGUUGAAGAUAAUAGGAUUCUCUAAAGAUUUUGGUAGUUCUAUUUCUCUACUGCCAUCAAUUAUGCAUCGCUUGGAAAACUUGCUUGUAGCCAUUGAAUUGAAAUGCAUAUUGUCUGCUUCAUUCUCUGAAGGAGCUAAAGUUACUGCCGAUAGAGUUUUAGAAGCUCUCACCACAGAGAAGUGUCAGGAGCGUCUUUCUCUUGAAAGAUUCGAAACACUUGGUGAUGCUUUCCUCAAAUUUGUUGUCGCAAGCAGGAACAAUUUACAGGUAUAUAUACGUGAUCAACCAUUUGAUCCCUGCCAAUUUUUUGCUUUGGGUCGUCCUUGCCCUAGAAUUUGCACCAAGGAAUCAGAAAGAACCAUUCAUUCUCAAUGUGAAAGCCAUGUGACUGGUCAAGCAAAGGGUAGUGAAGUCAGAUGCAGCAAAGGUCACCAUUGGUUACAUAAGAAAACAGUUUCUGAUGUGGUUGAAGCUCUCAUAGGAGCAUUUCUAGUUGACAGUGGCUUCAAAGCUGCAAUUGCAUUUCUUAGAUGGAUAGGUAUUGAUGUGAAAUUUGAUGAUUCACAAGUUAUCAAUGUUUGCCAAGCAAGCAGCUCCUAUGAAACACUCGCUCCUUCCAUGGACAUUGCUGCCCUUGAAAAUUUGUUGGGGCAUCAGUUCCUAUAUAAAGGUCUGCUUCUACAGGCAUUUGUGCAUCCUUCUUCCCACAAGAAUGGAGGAGGCUGUUAUCAGAGAUUGGAGUUUCUUGGAGAUGCUGUCUUGGAUUACUUGAUCACAUCAUAUCUAUUUUCAGUUUAUCCUAAAAUGAAACCGGGUCACUUGACAGAUCUGAGAUCAGUGUUGGUGAACAACAGGGCCUUUGCCGGUGUUGCAGUUUAUCGAUCUUUCCACAAUUAUCUUAUAUGUGAUUCUGAUGCCCUUUCUGCUGCCAUAAAAAAAUUUGUGGACUUUGUUAGAACACCUGAAUCAGAAAAGCGUCUGCUGGAAGGACCAAAAUGCCCAAAGGUUCUUGGUGAUUUGAUAGAGUCUUCUGUGGGUGCCAUUCUUCUUGACACGGGAUUUGAUUUGAACUAUAUCUGGAAGAUAAUGCUAUCUUUCUUGGAUCCAAUCACAAGCUUUUCCAAUUUGCAGAUAAAUCCUGUGAGGGAAUUAAAAGAACUUUGCCAGUCUCAUAAUUGGGAUUUGGAGGUUCCUGCAUCAAAGAAGGGCAGGACUUUUUCAGUUGAUGUAAAACUGAGUGGUAAAGGCAUGUACUUAUCUGCUUCUGCAAGCAACUCAAAUCAAAAAGAGGCUAUUAGAAUGGCUUCAGAACAAAUAUUUGAGAGACUGAAGGAUCAAGGUCUCAUACCAAGGACUAACUCUUUGGAGGAGGUUUUAAGGAAUAGUCAGAAGAUGGAAGCCAAAUUGAUAGGAUAUGAUGAGACCCCCAUAGAUCUUAUUGCUACUAAUUUCCCUGGAGUUGAAAGCUUGAAGAUCCAGGAACCUUUGGACAGCAGCUGCGGCUCUGAAGUGAGAGAUUCUUGUUCACCCUGUGUCAAAGCUGUUAAUGCACGGUCUCCAUCUCUGUUAGAUUUCACUGGAAGGCAGCCCAGUGAGACUACUUCAGAUCUUAGAUGCGACAAAAAUGUGCAUAUCACAGGUAAAUUGGACAACGGAACAGCCAGAUCUCGUUUGCACGAAAUCUGCACAGAUAAUUGUUGGAAACCCCCUUUGUUUGAAUGCUGCACUGAAGAAGGACCAAGUCACAUAAAGUCCUUCACUUACAAGGUUGUUGUGGAAAUAGAAGAAUCACCAGAUAUGAAUUUUGAAUGUGUCGGAUCUCCCCAGAUGAAAAAGAAAGCUGCAGCAGAGGAUGCAGCAGCAGGGGCACUUUGGUACUUGAAACAUAAAGGCUACUAG